CUGACGUCAUCUCGCGCGCACACAUGACUCUCGUGGAAGCAGCAACAUGUCUCUGCUCUUCAGCGACGAGGAGCUCCAGCAGGCGUGGGUCGAGCUGAGGGGGGCUGGGAGCUCUUCACUGGGACCAUGGACGUCCAAAUAUACAGACUAUAUAACAAGGAUACAGGUUUGUAUGAGUACAAAGUGUUGGGUUCUCUGGCCAGCUGUGCUCCAGAUCUCUGCGCAGAUGUUUACAUGGAUCUGAACUACAGGAGACAGUGGGACUCGUGCGUCAAAGAUUCCCAUUUCUGCCCAAAGACAUCACCUAUAGUGAGGACCGAAUGUCUGGAGCAGGCCACGGGAGACAUAUGAUUCUCAUUGUGAGGAUGAAAGGCGUCUGUUUUUCCCUGUCUUUUGUAUGUCUGGGAGCGCCGGAUUGGGUGGGUGGAACCACUUGUGUCGUGAUCCCCUCUCAUCCAUGUGGUGUUGCUUUAUGCUCCAUGGGUAUGGAUUCAUUGUAGUGAAAUUGAAACUUCAUGACAUGUCAUUGUUAUAAACCCAUAAAUAAUUUAUUUCGCCCUGAAGAGCGAUCGCUGCUUCAGAGGUGCCCAAUUGGCUGAGACAAGGUUGUCUUUGACCCAGUUUGACCAUGUUGAAACAUUUUCCCUUUAUAUCUCUCAUGCACGCUCGCAUUUAACUCUAGCCGCUUGUCAGCACUUCGCUUGGCCUGUUUUUAACUUUGUGCUUCAGAAAAAUCCAUAAAA